GACGGCGACAGUCCUCGCCGGCAGUCCUCCAUCUCUAUCGACGGUGACUUAACUCACUCACUCACUCACUCUCUCUCUCUCUCCACCAACAAAACCCAAUGACGAACCAGCUGGAGCCAUGGGCCCAAUUGGGCGACAAAGUGGUGAUGGUCACCGGUGCGUCGUCGGGCAUAGGCCGGGAGUUCUGCCUCGACCUUGCCAGAUCCGGCUGCAGGAUCGUCGCCGCGGCUCGCCGACUCGACCGGCUCGAGUCCCUCUGCGGCGAAAUAAACCGGCUCCCCCACUCCGGCACCGGGUCGCCCCACGGUCGACGGGCGGCGGCGGUGGAGCUCGACGUUGGCGCCGACGGGCCCGUCGUCGAGGCGGCCGUGCAGAGGGCUUGGGAUGCGUUUGGGACCAUUGAUGUUCUUAUCAACAAUGCUGGUGUUUCAGGAAGCGUGAAACCUCUGUCGGAUUCAUCGGAGGAGGAGUGGAAUAGUAUAUUUAAAAUAAACUUGACAGGAACAUGGUUGGUGUCAAAGUAUGUUUGCUCGCAGAUGUGUGAUGCUAAGAAGGGAGGGUCAGUCAUCAAUAUUUCUUCUAUUGGUGGUCUUAACCGUGGGCUGUUACCAGUGAGUUAUGCAUAUUGUUCUUCGAAGGCAGCAGUAAACACGCUGACAAAGAAGAUGGCGCUGGAACUUGGGGCACACAACAUCAGAGUGAACUCAAUUGCUCCUGGACUUUUCAAAUCUGAGAUCACUGAGGGUCUCAUUCAACAAGAUUGGUUAAAAAAUGUGGCUCUGAGAAGUGUUCCUCUUAGAACCUUUGGCACAUCAGAUCCGGCUCUAACGUCACUGGUACGCUACUUAAUACAUGACUCUUCGGGGUACGUUUCUGGCAACAUUUUCAUCGUUGAUGCUGGUACUACCUUACCGGGUAUCCCGAUUUUUUCUUCACUUUGAAUGUUGAAGAUCGAUGGUAUUAUAAACUGCAGAGGAAUUAAAAUGGUCACUUGAAUUGGUUUCGCGAACUUGAUUUCAGCCUUUGUCAGUUGUUAAGGUCUCGUAUGCUUUAUGCAAUAGGGUUGUGUAUAAUGCAAGAGUUUUCGGGUGUCUGGUGAUUCCAGUGCUCCCCUGAAUGGACUGGGAGAAAUCUUGUCUUAAUAAACUGAUUUGACUAUGCCUCAAAUCACUCUGUGCCUGGGCAACGUGCAUGUAAAACUAAGAUUACAAAUAUUCCAAUAGAUGUCGCCACAUUGCCACAAAUUGCAUAGUUGCAUCUUGUUUUAUCCGUA